GGUAGUGAAAAGGUCCGACCCGGAAGCGAAAUAGAGAGAACUUCCGUUCUUUGUUCUGUCCCGGUGUGUGGGUCUGUGACAGGGUCCAACGGGGCCUGGUCUGUGUCCGGCCCCCCAAAUCUCCCGUCCCUGCCCCCAGGCACUGCCAUCAACUUAAAUUAGAAUUCCCAGCAACUUGCACAGAGGCUUCCAAAUCCCCGAUAAUUGCUACUCUGGUCUUCUAGGACCUAACUCCAAAGAAGGAAGGAAAGAUUCCAGCAGUGCUUCCUGCUGAGUCUGCAGACAGUAGACCGGAGGCCCAGAACUUCUAGCCCUACUCAUGGAAACUCAGGCCGAUUGUGUAUCUCAGGAACCGCAGGCCCUGCUUGAGAGUGCUCUUCCUUCCUCGAAAGUUCCUGCAUUUUCCAACAAGGACAGCCUGGGGGAUGAGAUGUUGGCAGCUGCGCUCCUGAAGGCCAAGUCCCAGGAGUUGGUGACGUUUGAGGACGUAGCUGUGUACUUCAUCCGGAAGGAGUGGAAACGUUUGGAGCCUGCUCAGAGGGACCUCUAUAGGGAUGUGAUGCUGGAGAAUUACGGGAAUGUGUUCUCGCUGGACGAAGAAACCAUUGAACUUGCCAGAUGAGACAUGACCGUGAGCUCAGAGACUGGAAGACCCUGCGUUGCUCUAGUUGGCGGGAGGCUGCACCCCCGGCCCGGACGGCUCCCGUGUGAGGUGGGGAGGCGUGUGUGGAGAGAACCUCACCCAGGCGACCUCCUUGCCUUGUCCCUUAACGAUUCUACAACCUCUGGUGGUCUAGCUUCCAUCGCCGCUAAGCCUAGAGUACAGGCCCUUCUUUCUUCUCCCCUGGGUUAUAUAAAUAAUUUCCUCAUGGAUUGUUCUGUUUAUUUUCUCUCCGUCUUCCUAGAGCUCUGCACCUGUCUUGUCACUCCUUCAGUGGCUUGUCCCUUAAAAGAAGAAAAUUCGAGCUCCUGAGUCCUAUAGUGAGGGCCCACCCCUCCUCGCCCACCUAACAAAGCCCUUUGCACCCCUGUGCACCUUUGCAAACCUCGAGAGCUUCACCUUCUCUGUGGAGCCUUUCCAGGGAUUGUGCCUGUCCCUCCCCACACCCUCCACCCCUCAAGUUCAUUGCCCACGAGCCACCUCUGUGUCUUGUGUGUACUCCUGUGCUUACUCGUUGUUGGGUCAUGUAUCUGACUCCCUCCCUGUGUUGGUGAACUCGACAUUUUCACACGUUUCUACCACAAAUAAGCAUUGCUUUCUUAAUCAGAAAACAGUAAAUAUUGGGGCGCCUGGGUGCCUCAGUGGGUUAACCCUCUGCCUUUGUCUCAGGUCAUGAUCCCAGAAUCCUGGGGUUGAGCCCCACAUCGGGCUCUCUGCUCAGUGGGGAGCCUGCUUCCCCCUUUCUCUCUGCCUCCUUGUGAUC